AGGAAGCGGGAGUAUGUUAAGACUAAUCAUUAACGUUUGACUGGCAGAGGCCUAUCGGGUGAGGACCUAGCAGACAAAGCCCGCUCUGAGUUUACAACUUCGCCUGAGAGGUGUCCCGGGCCGCGCUAGGGUAGCAGCUUCUGCCAUGAUUGCGCCCGCUCUGUUGCGCGCUCUGCGGAAGAACAAGACCCUUCGUUACGGAGUUCCCAUGUUGUUGCUGGUUGUUGGAGGUUCUUUUGGUCUUCGUGAAUUUUCACAAAUCCGAUAUGAUGCUGUGACAGUUAAGAUUGACCCUGAAUUGGAGAAAAAAUUGAAAGUGAAUAAAAUGACUUUAGAGUCAGAGUAUGAGAAAAUAAAGGACUCCACUUUUGAAAACUGGAAGAAUAUUCGAGGUCCAAGGCCUUGGGAAGAUCCUCAACUCCUCCAAGGACGAAACCCAGAAACUCUUAAGCCUAAGACAACCUGACUGCUCAGUUUUUGUUUUGGUUUGGUUUUUCAGUGAAAAUGUUCUCACCUCCAUCUGUAGGAAGAAGAUUCCAGACCUGUGGAAACCUGGAUGCGAAUAAUAUGAUAGCAGAAAAUUUUGAUUAAACAGUCAAAUAUAA